UUAAAAAAAGUUGCUCUGGACCAUUUUUGAGAUUAAGUCUCGGAAAUCCUAGCUUACUUCAGAAAAGACCACAUACCCGGUCUCCCUAUUUCAAGAAAAGACUCAAGUUUUGGUGAACAUUACAGAGAGUGGUGGCCGCCCGGAAGGCACCCGUCCCAUUAGACAUGGUGUUGCACUGAUCCUAUUAGUGCCAUCCACACGGAGGGGUCGGGAAGGGGCGGAAACGAAGACCGGAUCCCGCGACGCAAACUGAAGGGGAAGUGCGACACUCCCUGGACCCCCCGGGGGCUCUGGAAGGGGGUGAACCCCGGCCACCCCGACAGUCAGCUACUCUCGCUCCGGCGACUAUAUAACGGCAACCUCUCACGCGGCGUGGUUCACACUUCGUCCAGCCCCCUUGCCGAGCGGUUCGAUAGUGCUGCUGCAGUCCAAGCGACACCUGUCGACGGUACCCUUAGGAUGGCACUCCCAACGAAGAUGGUCUCCCUCAUGCUGUUGCUGCUGGUGCUGUCAGUCACCCUCGCAGCUUCUAAUCAGGUCCACAUCUGCGUGGAGAACUGUGCCCAGUGCAAGCGCAUGCUGGGCGACUACUUCCACGGCCAGCUGUGCGCCGAGACGUGCGUGGAGCUGGGGGGCGCGUCCAUCCCGGACUGUCAAGACGUCGACAGCAUUCGGCCUUUCCUCGUCAAGGCGGAUCUCGUGUGACACGAGGUGUGACGCGGUGCAGCAAAAACUUUUAGUUCCACAGAGUCAUGAAAUUGAUUGUUCACCUUUAGCUUGCAUACUUAAAGGAUCUGCUAUCUCGCAACUUUCAGCUCUCUAUAUGCAUGCUGUGUUACAUGUAUUCAAUCAUGAAUCAAAUUUCUCUUGAUUUGUAAACGCCUGCUAUUUUAGAAUGAUAUAAUU